GCGACGGGACGCUCCAGCCCACAGGGAAGGAACAGCUCCAGAGUUGCCCAGGGCACUGUUUAUGCUACAUUGAUGGUCAAAAGCUGGGAAUGUGCGAGAAGUCCUUCAGGUCCAUUUAACACAGGUGUAAGACACAUCAGUUCUUUAACUGUAUAGUGGAUUCAUCAGACAUCUGAUACGUUGGCAAUUUUGCUAAAUUAAUGACAUCUUGCUUGACAGUGAACAAGAAAUGACUGAAGAAAUAGCACAAACAAACUGCAUUGAUGUAAACUUACCAGAUGCUAGCAAUGAGGAAGAACGGAGCCCUGCAGACAGCACGAGUCCUGCCAGUAAGACCUUUAAAUUUGUAGCUGAGGAGCAGCAAGAAACUUUGGCAGAGUUAGAAAAUUCAGCAAAAGUGAUACAAAGAGCAUGGAGAAGACACAUUGAAACAUUUCCUCCAAAAGUCUACUACAAAAUAUUCACUCAUCGACCAAUCGUGGAUAUAUGUGCAAACAGUCCCAAAGAUUAUACUCAUCCUGCUGUCAAACAGAAACUACCCAGGCAAAUUCACAACCGUAACCCUGUAAAAAAUCAGGAAGAUAAUCGCAGUGGAUGGUACAAGCGAAUGGAGAAUAAUGACUGGAGAAGUCUUUCGGAGAAGUGCUUUGUAACCACUACUGAUUAUAUGGAGUUUGAGCCUAACAGAAAGACAACAACAUUUCAUCAUUGCAAACUCCAGAGAAGGCAAGAGGUCGUGAGAAAGCGAAAGCAAAGAAAAAUUGAAUGGAUGAAAAAGAUGUACUAUGAGGGCAUGCUGCAGGCCCAGACACUGGAUCCAAAUACAGCUGUCCUGGUGCACAGAGCAACAGAAGGAGUAAUCAACAGUGUAGAGCAGAAUGGCCCUAAUGCAGUCCUUGAUUGGGAGGUGGAUGAACUACUUGAGUGGACCAAUGCAUUGAAUUUUGAGAAGUAUUUAAAUGACUGGAUGGAAAUUGCUUGUAGCAGCUCUUCUGCAAAUUUUCAAGGCACAAGAUGCUACCCUAUGGAGAAUGAUCUUUACAAACAAGUUAGGCAACGUGUCAUGAAUGCUUACGCAGCUAUGCAGAGUGGUGCUCAGUGUGCCAUUUAACAAAGAAGAAAUAAAU